GUGUGUGGGGGGGGGGGGGGUGUAUUUUAUUCCUGCACUCUCUGAAUUAGUGCGUACUGUAUAAUAAGUCAAAGUGAAACAAAUAUAUAUUCGUUCCAUUUUAACAUAUUAUAUCUUGUGCAUUAGCUCAGCAAGUGCAGGAAUAAAAAACAGAUCUAUUGUGAAUCUACAUAAAAUUUUACUUAAUUCUAUCAAUCGAUAGUGAGUAGAGCAAUCAUGGUGAAAUCAAAAUCUGAUUCUACUAUGAGAACAAUAUUAAAAUUGUUUAUUGCUCACUUCAUGUACGUUUCAUAAUACAUUCAAUUAUUUUUUUAUUAAUCUGUCAUAAAUGAACAAUAAGAAAUUCUUGAAAUGGUUAUUUUGCACGACGAUGAAUAUUAUCAAAAUAGAAUACCCGAGCCUGACUUAGGAGCAUUUCACAAUUUUUUGCGAUUUGUUUGGAGUCCAGAUAGAAAACAGUUGCUUGGUAGAACUGGAAAAGAAUGGGCCUUGUUGGGAUUCUUUUACUUGUGUUUCUUUACCGUAUUGGGUUCCUUGUUUGCAUUGCAAAUGUGGAUCAGUAUCAACUAUGCUUCGAAAUUAGAAAAACCGUUUUUUCUUUAUAGCGGUUUGAUGCCUAAAUCUUAUUUUGAUAGCAAUUUUCCGUUUUUUCGUCAAUUACAUUUUGAUAAUCCAGGUAAAAUUUUCUUAAAAAUUAAUAAAACACACAAUAUGCUAUUUAUUUUAGUUGAUUCUAAUAGAAUUGCCUUCAAACCGAAUAUUUUGUUACCCACAAAAUCUCCUAUUAUUUGGAUAGAUAAUGUUAAUAAGAACGCUCGACCAAAAAGAUAUGUGCAAGCCUUAAGUGACUUUUUACAAGCAAUAAAAAUAAGGAAAAAAAUGGUAACUAACGUUUUCAUUUUAGAAUAUAAUAAAAGUAAAGAGAACUAUAAAACAGUUACGGAAUGUAGUGAUGGUGCAUUAAUCACAUCUAAUACAAAACCUUGUUUUUUCGAUAUUGAAAGUCUUGGUGUUUGUGGGCAACCUCCGUAUGGAUAUACUGAUCCAUUACAACCGUGUGUUCUCAUUAAGUUCAAUAAGAGGUUUAAUUGGGUACCAAUUCCUUACAAUAAAUCAUCUCUCUUACCAGAGAAUAUGCCACCUGCUUUGCAGGAAGCUGUGCAAUUUUCAAACAAGUUUCAAAUCUGGUUAUGGUGUGAUGGAGUGAAUAACGUUGAUAAAGAGCAUAUCGGAGAAAUUGAGUAUUUACCAAGUCCUGGAUUUUCUGUGCAAUAUUUUCCGUUUAUUGGUCACCCAGAUUAUUUGACACCGAUAGUCGCGCUGCGUUUUAAAAAUGUCACACUGUUUAGAUUAGUGACGGUGGAAUGUAGUUUAUGGGCACUCAAUAUUAACAAAGAUGCACAGAAUGCAUUGGAUUUUCAACUAAUUCUGGGCGAACUAUAAAAGGCGAUGAUCAACAAAUAUCUUUAUGUACCUUAAAUAUUUAUUAACAAUUAUGCAAAUAUAAUAAAAAGUUGGAUUAUUGUUAAUAUACUUUGUGCAGAAUGUGAAAAGUAACUUUUAUUCAUCCACAAUUCUUAUAAUUUCGCAUUAAACAUUUAUUCUAAUUUAUAAAAAAAUCUUGUUGUUGUUAAUAAUAAUUGCUUUAUUAUUUAUUAUAUUUCAUUAAUAAUAUAGGAAAAUGGAUAAUUUUCUGGAUAUUGUUUUGUUCAAAGAUUUUAAUGUGAGGUAUAUUUAUACAAAAAAAAAUGAAAGCUGCGAUUAUACGUAUGAUAAUAUAUUUUUGUUGAUAGACUCAAACUGUUUAGAUUUUCUGAGAUAGCGAAAGUAUGUUCAAUUCAUCUCAUAAAUUAAAAGACUAAUAAACCGAUUCUACUGACGGAAUAGUAGCUUAAGACUAUACAGAGAGUUCCAUUUUUACAGAAUUUAUUACUUUUAUUAAAAUAAAGAAUUAAUAUCUUUAUUAUAUAUGAACGAGAAGAGGGCAAGACGAAGCUUUAUUUAUCGACAAACAUUUAUCUUUUGUACACUUGUGAAUUAUGUUGAAAUUUGUUUUUCUCAGAUUCGUCGUCCCUUCUGGAAUCAGCAGUGUUCUCUAGAGCAAAAAGAUGAAGACAGGUAGAGAAAGAGAGAGAAAGAGAGAGAAUAGAAAACGAAAUGAGAUAGAUCAAAUGAUAAAGAGAGAUAACUAAGAAAAGAUAGAAAAAGAUUCAUAGGAAGAGAAAAGAAAUAGAUAUAGACCAAAAAAGAGAAAAAAAAUAUUAGAGGAAGGCGAAAAAUAGCAAAAAAGGCAAUGAAAGAAUGACGAAGAGAUGCAAAAAAGAGAGAGAAACAGAAAGAAAAUGAGAAGUAGUAGUAGUUUAGAUUAAGUAAUAUAGUAGUUGCAUACUGUCAUAUUUUUGUCACUGAG